CAAUUGCACAGUCUGUAUCAUGAAAUUUAUACUUCUUGCUGUGUUUGCCUGCGUGGCUGCCGCCACUCCCCAGGGAUACGAAGCCCCUGCACAGUCUCGGCGUGACUCUGAGGAAGUGCCCAUCCUGAGGGACGACCGCGUGAUCGAUAACGACGGAAGGUACAACUUCGACGUGGAAACAGGAGACGGCAUCGUGGUUUCAGAGUCUGGAUCUCCCAGCGCAGACGGAGGCAUUAACAGCGCUGGUUCUUACUCCUAUACUGCUCCUGAUGGCACUCCCGUCCACGUGGAGUUCGUGGCUGACGAGAACGGCUUCCAGCCCCAGGGCGCCCAUCUGCCAGUGGCCCCCGAGUUCCCCCAUCCAAUCCCCGAUUUCGUCCUCGAGCAGAUCGCCUUCGCCGCUGAGGAGGACGCCCGCAGGGCCAGGGAACCCUCCAACAGAUACAGCGCCCCUUAGUUAGAAUAUCUUGCAUUGUGUAAAUAUUAUGAUGAUGUUCCAUUGUUGAAGAUUUGCAUGAUUUUUUUUGUUUAUCCACACAUUAGAAUAAAUAAUACAAUGUUAAA